GACCAUGCCAUCCCUAGGGAUUGCCUUGCAGAGGCAGAAAGGCCUUGCUUCCAUUCACAGAAACACUGGUAUGCCAGCCUGCUAUUUCAUUCACAUAAAAGACUAAAUAUUGCAUGCUUUUUUUGCCCUCCGCUCUUUCCUCCUUUGUCUUUUUGCCUCCUCUGUUGAUUUGCGAGGGGCUGCCUCUUCUGUUGUGUUUGCCUUUGUUUCUGAGGAGAGAAGGCAGACGUGCGGUCUUUUUUUUUUUUUUUUUUUUCUUUUGCCAGGCAGGAAAGAGAGAUAUUGGGAGGGACUGCAGUGCGAAAUCUGCAGCACAGUGAGAGCGGAAGCUGCUUAUGAAUGAGUGUCAGUCUCUCGGCUUUGCUAGAUGCUCCUGAGGACAUUUUAUAUGAAUGUGUGCUUUCCGCUAUCGGGGAGACAGAGAUGCUUCAUUGCUGCUGGUUUCAAGGAGACUCUUGAGCUUUUUCUGUUAUCCUUUUGCUUGUUUCAUUGACUCAUCUGCCUGAGAAACAUGUCGUUCCUUAUGUGUGUUUUUUGACUUGUAUCAUUCAUGUAGUUCAACCUGGACCAAUUGCUGGAGAUUUUAGACUGACUGUGAAUCCGUAUCUGCUUCCUAGUUGUGGAACUGAAUAUUUUAUUCCUUUGCUGCAGAAUACUUAUACAGAAUUAGUGCUACAUGUUAGACACAUUGUAUCCAAACAGCUGUUUUUUUUUUUGUUAAAAAUGGGAAAAAAAUGCUUUAUUCUUUUCUGUAAUUAAUGCUUAUUUCUAAGAAUUUCAUGGAGAAACAACAAGUGCGUUAACUGGUCGUAGAUUUUGGACGGUACAAACCUGUGGUACAAGAGUGAUGCCUGCUCAUGUUCUGCAGCGUUUAUAAAUGAUCAUUACCAGUAUGGUAAUAAUGUUACAUAUUCCCGUUCAUGCUAGAAUGUUACUGUAUUGUUUCUUUCGAAGAUUAAGGGAGGUUUCUUUUACAGCCAUUUAAGGUAAAUCUUAAUUAUCCAUUUAACUCAAGGUUUUAUCCUUAAAUUAAAGAAAUCUGUAUUGUUUGUUGCACAAGAUUUUGGCAGUCACUUUAAUUGUAGCUGUCAGUUUAUAUUAAUGUUAGUUUUCAGUACUUAUUUUACUUUAUUUAUUGGCAACUCUGUGAUUAGUUUCUAGUGUGUCAUCUCUUGAUCGCAGCUUGUAUCAGAUCAUCGAUUUUUGACAUUAAUUGUUUAAAACAUGAUUUCAAGUGAAUUGUUAUGAAUACGUAUUUCAGUAAGCUAGAUAAUCGAGCUACCUCUCAUUCUUCAUUUCCUUUUCUCUGAAAAACAAAUAAGGGGAGAAGAGUUAUGGUAAAUAAAUAUGAGACUGGAGAAUUUAAAAAUUGAUUGGCUCUAGUGUGCUGUAAGUGGGAGGUUUUUUUCUCCCUCCAACAGGAAGUGAUUUGCAGUGUUCAGCAAGCCUUUUGUUGAGAAGGUUUUCUCAGAUCAGUGAGUCAUGCUUUAGCUCUGAGCCGGCAGGCAGCAGUCAGCAGAGUAUUUGCUCUUCCCUCGCAGUGUCCGUGAUCAUCAACAACACAGACCUUUUUCUGUUCUCUUACUUUUUGGAUUUUGAGGCUAGAAUUCAACAGCAGCAGCAACAGCAGCAGCAUCACCGCUGGAAACCAAAAAAGGUGCACCACAACACUGGCAGCCUUUUAUCCUCUUCUUCCUCUGCUUCAGUGUUGUGUAUCCAUGGAUUGUGUCUGUAUAUUUCUCUCUGACGGAUUGGAUUGCAGCUCUGGAUUUCACUGACAGCAGAUUGGACUUUGGCGACAGCAGCAGCAGCAGCAGCUCAACACAACCACCACUGUAACCUCAAUAGAGAAAAUUACAGUCAGGUGGCCUGUGAUUUCUAAAAGGCGUUUUGCUGCCUGUACCGUUGCUGCUAUGUUACAAGAGAGGAUAAUCAGCACGGCUCGGCCACGUCUGCCAGCACACUUGUGAACGAGGCAGGCUGUGCGUGUUGGUUGGUGGAGAGAGGGGAGAGAGCAAGAGAGAGAAGGGUAUGCUUCACCGUACCAAAUACAACCGCUUCAGGAAUGAGUCAGUAACAUCCGUCGAUGAGCUUCUCCACGGCCUGUCCAUGAACCCCAAGGUCUCGGCCACCCCCCAGUCUGCAGCCGAGACAUCUUAUACACCUCCGACUGAGGUUCAGCCCUCCUCCACCACCACUUCCUCCAGCACCCCCACCAGCCACGGCUCUGACCACCUGGAAGAUGGAGGCACCACCCUCUGUACCCUCAUCAACAAGGUGUCCAGCCUGAAAUUCAGCAACUCAGGCAGCUUGCUCGGCAUCAAGGGUCUGCCCUCGGCAGUCAAGGACCUGGCUGUGUCUAAGCUGCAGGGGGGUGGGGGAUCAGGCUCGGGCAGCUCCAGUGGCCAGAGCCCCAGCGCAGCGACAGCAGCGGCGGCAGCAGCCUCUGGUGUGGGCGGCUCUUUGUGCAGUUUGGCCUCCCAUUCAAGCCCCUGCUCGCAGCUGGAGCCAGCUGUUAGCAUGAGCAAGAAGAGCAGGCUGGAUGAGCUCCAGGCCAGUGGAGAGGACUGGAAUUCAGGUGGAGGUGGUGGACUGGUGAGCAAACCCUCCAGAGGAUGGCUACACUCAAACGAGAAGAUCUCUGGUCCAGGAGUGACAUACAUAGUGAAGUAUCUGGGCUGUAUAGAAGUCCUUCGGUCGAUGAGAUCUCUGGAUUUUACCACGAGGUCACAAAUAACAAGGGAAGCCAUCAGCCUGGUGUGUGAGGCUGUUCCAGGGACCAAAGGAGCACUGCGAAAGAGAAAGCCACCAUCCAAAGCUUUGUCCAGCAUUUUGGGGAAAAGUAAUCUGCAGUUUGCUGGUAUGUCAAUCAACCUGAAUAUCUCCACCAGUAGUCUCAACCUGAUGACGCCCGACUGCAAACAGAUCAUAGCCAACCAUCACAUGCAGUCCAUCUCCUUUGCAUCAGGUGGAGACCCUGAGACAACAGAUUAUGUUGCCUAUGUAGCAAAGGACCCUGUUAACAGAAGAGCAUGUCACAUCCUGGAGUGCUCUGAUGGACUCGCCCAGGACGUCAUCAGCACCAUCGGCCAGGCCUUUGACCUUCGCUUCCAGCAGUACCUGCAGUGUCCCUCAAGCAAGCUGUCCUCCACACAUGACAGGGUAUUAAACAUGGAGGAGUUGCCGUGGACAGAGGAAGAGGAGGAGUCAGCAGAGCAUCCUUACUACAACAACAUCCCCGGCAAGAUGCCUCCCCCUGGAGGCUUCAUCGACACCCGGCUGACGAAUCAGAAUGCAGCAACAGAUGGAUGCCAGAUGGGUCCAGGAUCAGUGGAUCAGACUUAUUACCAGGGGCGGCAUUGUGAAAACUGGGGCGAUGACAGGAGGGCCUUCUUCAUGCAACAGGGAUCAUUUGAUAUAAACAGUCUGCCAGAGAGUAAAAGUCAGGCACCGAAAAGCGGAGAGAUGCCCACGUAUGUGAACACGCAGCAGAUUGACGCCCAGGUGCUCGCAGCGCUCCAGGCAGAGGCGGAAAACGUGACAAAGGGCAUGGCGGCCGCCGCCAAGGAGAGCCCACAGAAGGACCUGUUUGACAUGAAGCCCUUCGAGGAUGCCAUUCAGUCCCAGUCUCAGCCUCCCUCCCAGGGGCAGGUCCAGUCACAGAUGUCGGGUCUCCACAAGGCGGCAUCUGUGGACAACUCAAGCCCGCUUCUUGUGCGCUCGCUGGCCUUCCGGGCGCAGGAGGAGCUGGAGGGCCAGACGUGGUACCACGGCAAAAUGAGCCGCCGCGACGCUGAGAAACUGCUGAGAGACGACGGGGAUUUCCUCGUCCGUAAGAGCACUACCAACCCAGGGUCCUACGUACUGACGGGCAUGCACAAUGGACUUGCCAAACACCUGCUGCUGGUGGACCCUGAGGGAACGGUACGGACAAAAGAUCAUGUAUUUGACAGCAUUAGCCACCUUAUUGGGCAUCACCGUGACAACAAUCUGCCGAUCGUGUCAGCCGGGAGUGAACUGUGUCUCCUACAGCCUGUUGGAAGGAAACAGUGAUGCUUGCAAAGCCUGAUGGGAAACAGGAAGCUGUUAUCGGUCUCCCAUCCUGGGAGUUGAAGAUGAAACAUGAGAAGAAGAUGCCUCAAGGCUCUUUGUGCUGACAGAGUUUUUAGGAAAACUGACCUGCGGUUACUUCAGUGGAGCCACUGGAAGAUUUGUUUAAGAUAAAUAAUUAUUUAUAGAACUGUUAUUAUUUUGUUGUGAUGACUGAAAUGCUAUAUUUUUGAGAAGACAUAGGUGCAUUUGGACAUAAUAUCUUGAUUUGGUGUUUUAAAAGAUUAAAAAAAAGACAAUUGUUCUUGUAGUUUAGAUGAAGUGCAAAUCAAACCUCAAAGAGGUGUUAACAAGAGUAUUUUAGAAUAAAAAUCUAAAAUUUUAGUUUUGUCUGUCAAGCACAACCACAUUUCUACAGGAACUGUUGGCUAAGAUGUUGAGGAAACAGAAAUGCUGUUUAUAAUGAGUUACAUUAGAAAAAAAUGUCCUUUAAUCUCACCAAUAGUGUGACAGCUUACUCAAUUAGUCACUAUAUGAAACCUGCUUUUAUUGGAGAUUAGAACUGAAUGUGUUUUGCUUUGCAGUUGUCACAAAGUGUUGGGGUGCAAACAGACGCCCUUCAUAGUGCUGUCAAUGGCUUUAAAGAUCAACUUUUUUAUGAAGUAUUUUCUUGUGUCACUGCAGUCGCAUGACUUAAAAUCAACUGUUCUUGUGGCCAUGUUCGUAGACCUUGAUACCCCUUUAUUUGAAAGAGGUGCUUGUGUAUGCUGACACUGUAAAAUAUUUAUGCUUUUCAACCAGUGAUGAUUUCUGAAUUGGUUUUCUCUGAAUUCGUUUAGGUGUGUUGUCGGUGAUUAGUUUCGGGGCUUGAGUCACACAAUGGAUAUUCUCACGUUCUUAAUUAACAUUUUCAUCUUCUUUCUUUAUAGAUGAACUUUUAAAAGUUUAUUAUUUUUGAAGGAUCACAAAUGAAUAGCACAAUCAAGAAGUCUGACCACUUAGAUCGUCUGUGUCAGUUGCACCGAUUACCAAUGUGUUGAGACGUAAUUUACACUUUUUGAAUCUGACAAACGUGUUCACACUGUGUGCACUCAAUCCAGAAUGUUAAAUGUUAGAUCACGUUCAGUUACUGAUGAUAGAUGGAUUUUUAUUUGAUUGUGAUGACAUCUAAUGGCAGAGCGACUGUCUCGCCACUAGAUGUCAUCAUAGAAACGCUUUUCUACCUGUCAGUCACUUCCGUUCUGUUGUUUUCUUAGCAGGGAAGGAGAAUGUCGCUGUGUGUUGCUUUCACCCUCGUGUUGUCCUGCUGGUCAGAAUUGACCCGUUUUAAGGUUAAAAUGUGGGGAAAAAGAUCUAUUUUCACAGUGAAACUUCUGAUGUUCACAUUUUCAACAUUUUUGGAAGUCUUUGAACUUUUUUGGGUGGAAAAAAAGAAAUGUUAAAAUGUUUCUUAUGAACAUUCUUAAAAAUAAUCAACCAAAAUCCAGCAAAUUUCACUGGAUUUUGGUUGAUUUUUUUUUGUGAAAGUUCUUAAAGAAAAUAUUAGAAGUUUUACUGAUAUUUAUGUAAUCACUUUAGAUAUUUUUUAGGAUUUUUUGGAAGAUUUUUACUCAUUUUUUGAAAAUGUUUACAAGAACUUUCUUGCCAAAUUUGGGUGAUUUUUUUUUUAAAUAAAACUUUUAAGGGAAACUUUUAAGGAAUUAUUGGAAUUUUCUUCCUGAAGGUUUUGCAAAUUUUCAGAAAUUUGUGGAUUUUUUUUUGCUGAAUUUUUGGAUUUUUUUCAGACAAGGAAACAAUAUGUUUUGGUGCCUGUAAAUGAGGACAACAGGAGGAUUAAAGUGCUACAGCUGAGGGUAAAUCAAGCAUCGUUUCAUUUUACAGUCCACUGCACACAAUCGUUCCUCUGAACAGUUAAGUAUUUAAAUUAUACAGACUGUUUUUGUAGAGAAGGAAUCCACAUUUUGAAAUGGCUUAUAGAAAUAGUACACAGCAGUUCUAGAAAAACAGCCUUUUAAAAAAAAUGCUCUCAUCCUUACUAUUGUCAGGACUCUGAUGGAUACCAAAUGAAUGGGGCAUUGUAUUUGAUAUGCACUGGACCACUUCAAUUGAACCAAAAUCAGCAUGUGUUCAAUGAGUUUGACAAGACAGAUGCAAUGUAAUAUAACGUGCCUGUGUUUUGCUGCAAGAGGGAGUGUACAGUACAUGCAUCUCACAACAACACACAUUUAGCAAAAAGUGAGCAGUAUUGGGAUCAUUCUAGUAAAUAUCCACUACAUCCACUUUGACUUUUCUUGAUUCCUCGUGUCCCAUAUCCUGGUUUGCUUCUCAGGAUUCAUUAGAGGAGAGAGGAAUUAUUUUCAAAAAGAAAAGUGAGAAGAAAACAGGCACAAAGAGUCACUGAGGAGUUUUCCGACAUUUACUUUUACGUUGUCUGAGUAUUUGUGACGAAAUUUCAUCAAAUGUAAUAUCUCGGGAGAAGGAAUAGCGCGCUAAAUUUUUCAAAAAGCACCACGCUAAUUUCAAAAAAGUCUUUUGAGUCUUCAUUUCUGAGGAAUAAAUUUGUAGAAUCACUUUGGCCAAAUGUGCAAACGACUCCAUACUUGAAGCUAUCGGAUCACGUGACGAUCAGACGUAAAGAAAAUUCUCCAACCAAACAUACCGGGACACAAAUAAGAACACGGUGUCUUUCCAGAUUUCUGUUGAUGAAAAUGUGCCUUUUAUUUGUACAAAUGGUGUUUUAUUUCUCUUUCUCUCUCCCUUCAAAGUGCAAUAGCUGAUCUUCGAUGGGGCAUGCCUGUUCACUAGAGGUUGUGUUUCGCCCUGCUGCGUGUUGCUGCUUGAGACUACUGUUUUCUCUCUCUAUCUCUGUCUCUUUCCCUCCCUCCCUCUCUAUUAUAUAUUAUAAAUGUAUCAUUUCCAGAUUCUAAAUAUAAAUCUUUGUCAGAGGGGAAAAAUCACAGAAACUCACUAUUUUGGGACAGGUAUAGUAAAAAAAAAGAAAUAAAAUAACUUAAAAAGAAAUAAAAACAUAGAAACAAGAAGUCCAAAUGAUGUUUACAGAUUUAAUCUUUUGGUUGUAUGGGUUUAUCAUUAUUCUGUAUGACUGUUGGCAAUAAAACCGUGAAUGUGUAGAA